CUGGCUUGAGGUGACGAUCGUGCGCUGCUCGGGUCAGUAGUGUUGCAUCGCUCGAUCAUUGCAUAGUAUGUCCCUGCCGAGAAGACUGUCCAGUGCUUUCACACCGCUGAGUGCCAUCGAAGAAGUCAUCGAGUCAAGCGCCAUGGCUGAUGGGGUCAUUUCAAUAAAGCUAGCCAUACAUGACAGCAACCAAGGGGAUGGAGCUCUCUAUCGGCUGAAGAAAAACUCGCUGGUGCAUGUGCAUCCGGGUGCAUCGCUUCUGGGACGCCGGGUUGCGCUCUACUGCAACUACCCAGCGGAUGAUAAGGAAUUUUGCCGAAAGACCUACAGACGACUAGAAUGGUGUUCGGCAGCGGGAUCACCGUUGGAAACGAGCGCGAGCGGCUCCGAAUACACCUCGAUCAAGGACGUGGAUUAUUAUUGCAAUGUCCACUUUACCAAAUCGGGAGCGUAUCACUUUUAUGCCUUGUACGAAGAGUGUCCCGAGGCGGGGGCACAGGCUGGCCUGUACGUACAAAUUGAGCCGCAGCUGUCGGUUGGAUCGGGAGAGGCCGCCACAACGCUACCGCUCGAUGCCAUCCGCUGUCAGACGGUGAUUUCGAAGCUGCUCGGACCGUUGGACACGUGGGAAGCAAAGUUGCGCGUGGGCAAGGAGUCGGGCUACAACAUGAUUCACUUUACGCCUGUGCAAGAGCUGGGCGGAUCGCGCUCCGCCUACUCGCUGCGCAACCAGCUCAAGGUGAAUCCGGACUUCCAGAGCAAGGGCGGCAAGGAAGUGAACUAUGACGAUUUGGCCGUUUUAAUGCGCAAAAUGCGCGAAGAGUGGAACGUUGCAUCGAUCUGUGACAUUGUGCUGAACCACACGGCCAACGAGUCGAUCUGGAUUCGGGAAUAUCCGGAGUGCAGCUACAAUUGCUUCACCUGUCCGCAUCUGCGGCCGGCCUUCCUGCUCGACGCAAUGCUGGCUCGUGUCGGAGAGGACGUGAAGGACGGCAUGUUGGCGCACGUUGGCGUGCCGGAGGUGGUCGAAACGGAGGAUCAUCUGCAGGCCAUCCGUUGGCAGAUCCAUUCGAACUACUUGCCGCAGGUGAAGCUGUACGAGCUGUACCAGUGCGAUGUGGACAAGUACGUGUCGCGGUUCAACGACGAGUGCAGCAAACGCAGCCCCAGCCGUGCGCAGGAUAUUCCCGAGGGUGAUAUAAAGCUGCGGAUGGACCCGGAGCAUCGCCGACUGGGUGCAGAGAUCGACUUCGAGCGUGCCAUGAGCAUCUACAACGUGUUCCGGCAGGACUGUUUCGAUGAGGACAGUCGGAAGCGCAAGUGCACCGAAGUGUUCCGCGCUCGGUUGCAGUUCCUGAACGAGGAGGUGCGCCGGGAAAUACAGGAACAUCUGGACUACGCCAUCGACAACUGUCUGGCCGGCACGCGCUAUGAACGUGUGCAGGGUGAUGGGCCCCAGGUGAAGGGAAUAUCGGUGAAGUACCCGCUGUUCAUGAAGUACUUUACGCACUACGGAACGCAGGGCAAAUCGCUCAAGGACAUCGAGAGCAUGAUGUACGGUGGCGCUGGGAAGCUGUUCAUGGCCCACAACGGAUGGGUGAUGAAUGGGGAUCCGCUGAAGGAUUUUGCCCGUGCGCAACCGGGUACGGGCAAUGUGUACCUGCGCCGAGAGCUGAUUGCCUGGGGCGACAGCGUGAAGCUGCGGUACGGCGAUAAGCCGGAGGACAGUCCGUACCUGUGGAAGCACAUGCAGGAGUACGUCGAUACGACGGCCCGUAUCUUUGACGGCGUGCGGCUGGACAACUGCCACUCGACGCCGCUGCAUGUCGCCGAGUACUUGCUGGAUUCGGCGCGCAAAGUCAACCCGGAGCUGUACGUAGCCGCCGAGCUGUUCACCAACUCCGACCACACGGACAACAUAUUUGUCAAUCGGCUCGGCAUUACGUCACUGAUUCGAGAGGCCCUCUCGGCCUGGGACUCGCACGAGCAAGGUCGGCUGGUGUACCGGUACGGCGGGGCACCGGUCGGCGCAUUCUUCCCCUGCCCGAAGCGUAUCCUGGCGCCGGGCAUUGCGCACGCCCUGUUCAUGGACCUUACGCACGACAAUCCAUCGCCGGUUGAGAAACGGUCGAUCUUCGAUCUGAUCCCGUCGGCCGGCCUCGUGUCGAUGGCAUGCUGUGCGACGGGUAGCAAUCGUGGCUACGAUGAGUUCGUUCCGCAUCACGUUCAUGUGGUGGACGAGGAGCGGCAGUAUCAAGAAUGGGGCAAGCAUGUGGACAAGAACACUGGACUGAUUGCGGUAAAGGAAGCGUUUAACGUACUGCACGGUGGACUAGCGUCGCGUGGCUUCGACCAGCUGUUUGUCGACCAGAUGCACCCGGACAUUGUGGCCGUAACGCGUCACUCGCUUUCGAAUCACGAGACGGUGAUUCUUGUCGCGCACACUGCCUUCAGCUAUCCGAACCCGUGGGCCGGUCCGACCGGCGUGCGUCCGCUCGAGUUUGAGGGCGAGUUCAAGGAGAUCAUUCUGGAGGUGCAGAUCUACAAGAAAACGGGCCAAACGUUCGAUAGGCCCACGGAUUUCGCAAAAAAUGUAGACUACAUCAAUGGCGUCAACGAGUAUGUGGUGGACUUGAAGCGCAAUCUGAAGCUGGAAGAGUCGGACAUUUUCGCCAAGGAAGCGGUCGUGAAGGGUAACGUUACACAGCUUCACUUCUCGAAUUUGAAGCCCGGCUCCGUGGUGGCGGUGCGAGUCGCGCUGAAGGAGAGUGUGCGGGUACAUUUCGACACGCUGCAGUCGUUGGUUCGCGAGUUCCACCAGGAUAGGGGCUCACGGUACGCCGAGCUGCAGCACAUCCUGUCCAAGCUGGACUUGGUGGACUUUAACAAGCUGCUGUACUGUUGUGCCGAGGAGGAGCGUGAUAAUGGCGGUGGUCCGUACAACGUCGAAGGAUACGGCGAUCUGGUGUACUGUGGCUUGCAGGGUGUCAUGUCGAUUCUGUCCGAAAUUGGACCUAACAACGACCUGGGCCAUCCGUUGGCGAACAAUCUACGCAACGGAAAUUGGUUAAUCGACUACUGCUCCCAGCGUUUGAUGAAGUACGAGAAGCUGGUACCGAUGGCCAAGUGGCUGGAGAACAAUCUAAAGUCACUGAAGGAAAUACCUCGCUACAUGAUACCGUCCUACUUCGACGUUAUCAUCACGAACGUGCACCGUUUGGCGAUGGCGGCCGCGUGCAACUUGAUGUCGGACUUUGUGCGCCACGGUUCCAACUUUGCGCGCCGGCUUGCGCUGGGAUCGGUGCAAUGUGUGGCUGACUGUCCGUCCGCUAGCCUGCCCAAGCUAAGCCCGAACGUGAGCGAUCCGAAACCACCGAGCCACUGUGCUACGAUGGCUGCCGGGUUGCCUCACUUCGCGACGGGCUAUAUGCGUUGUUGGGGCCGGGACACUUUCAUUGCAAUCCGUGGCCUGACGCUGCUUACCGGACGCUUCGAUGAGACGCGCUACAUGAUACUCGGGUUCGGUGGAUGCUUGCGGCAUGGAUUGAUCCCGAACCUGCUGGACGGAGGUCAGAACGCACGAUUCAACUGUCGCGAUGCCGUCUGGUGGUGGCUGUACACGAUCAAGCAGUACGUCGAGGAGGCGCCCAAUGGCAAGAGCAUCCUGAAGGACAAGGUGUCCCGUCUCUACCCAACGGAUGACUCCGAAGCGAAGGCACCAGGGGAAUGCGACCAAAUGCUGUACGAAGUGAUUCAGGAAGCGCUGACAGUCCACUUCCAAGGGUUGUCCUAUCGCGAACGCAACGCCGGUACUCGCAUCGAUGCCCACAUGAAGGAGAAGGGCUUCAACAACCGCAUUGGAAUCAACCCGGACACGGGCUUCGUGUUCGGUGGCAACAAUGCCAACUGUGGCACGUGGAUGGACAAGAUGGGCUCCUCAGACAAGGCCGGCAAUCGGGGCAUUCCGUCGACCCCGCGUGACGGUUCGGCGGUCGAGCUGGUCGGACUGCAGAUGGCCAGCCUGCGGUUCAUGCAGGCGAUGGCCGAGCAGAAGGUCAUCCCGGUGUCGUCGGUCGAGCGCACCUCGUACAACGGCACCAAGACGGUGUGGACGUACAAGGAGUGGGCCAACAAGAUUGCGGCCAACUUCGAGAAGGAGUUCUACGUGGACGAGUCCUGCGAAAGCAACUACGCCAACAAGCGUGGCAUCUACAAGGAUACGGUCGGGUCGGAGAUCGCGUGGACCGAUUACCAGUUGCGUUGUAACUUCCCGAUCGCUCUGCUGGCGGCACCGGAGCUGGCCGAUCCCAAGCAUGCCUGGCGUGCGCUGGAGAACGCCAAAAAGUAUCUGCUCGGCCCGCUCGGGAUGAAAACGCUCGACUAUGAGGACUGGGGCUACCGCGGCAACUACGACAACUCGAUCGACAGCGACGACAAGACGGUCGCGCACGGUGCGAACUAUCACAACGGGCCGGAGUGGGUGUGGCCGAUCGGGUUCUACCUGCGGGCGCGCCUAAUCUUCGCCAAGGCCAACGGCGUACUGAAGGAGACCGUUGCCGAAACGUGGAAGAUUCUGCAAACGCAUCUGAACGAGCUGCAGCGCUGCCACUGGCGCGGGCUGGCCGAGCUGACGAACGAGAACGGUGCGUACUGCAAGGACUCGUGCCGGACGCAGGCCUGGAGCAUGGGUUGCGUGCUGGAAGUGCUGUACGAUUUGGAAAAGUACGAAAAGGAGCUUUAAAUGUACGCCGGCAAACGGCCCGCCCUACUGCCGCCCCCACUGGUGUGGAGUGUUUUAGUGUUUAGCGUUAUUAUGCCAUACCUUCUGUUGAGAUUGUUUUGUUUUGUGUUUUACUCUAUACGUUGUUGAUUGAUCGAUUGUGUUUAUGAGAUUAGAUGCUAGUAGAAGAAGCGGAUGUACAAUGCGUUUGCGCACACAUGCUGUUGAUAAAUAAAGCAACAAUACUCAAACGAAUGCGUGUGCUUAUGAAUCGCAACUGAUAGGCGCAUUUAAAGUAGUGGCCACAGUAGCUCCAUCGAGUCAAGCUCAAUCGCAAAAAGAUUCGUACUGCGUUACAAAACCCAAAAGCCUGACCAAAACGACCAAACAAUGCACCAUCGAAUCACGGUCGAUCGAAAAACGGACCAAAACGAA